AUGUCCCCCGCCGGUGAACCGCUGCAUAAGGUGCUAGCUCUGAAGGACACGCAGCCCGUUGCAGAGCUGUGCGAGCGGGCGGCAAAGGGGUUCCUCUUGUGGAAGGCGAUGAGCGUGAGGGAGAAGCUCGGCAUUUACGACAGCAUCAUCCGCCAAUUGGAGGCCCAGAAAGACGAACUGAUCCAGGCCCACGUGGAGAUUGGAAACCCCAUGUACAUGGCGGAAUUCAACUACCACGGGACUCUGGACAACAUUCGCCAUUACCGGUCAAUUCUGGACACCCGUCCUGCGGGGACCAUGCCUGUGCAGAACGCCAAAAUAGAGAGCACCGGUGAAAUCUCUAUGGUGGUCAACGAGCCGUUCGGACCUGUGCUGAGCAUAGCCGCGUGGAACGCGCCGCUGAUUCUUGCCACGCGCGCGAUCUUUGCUCCGCUCACAGCCGGCUGCUCGGUAAUCGUCAAGUCCAGCGACUUGUCGGCCCGGAUCUCGCACCUCGCCGUCCAGGCGUCGCUGGACGCCGGAGUCCCCAAAGACGUCUUGACGCUGGUGCAUUGCGAGUCGGCGAAAUCCAGGGAGAUCGUUGGCGCGCUCAUUGCGAACAGAAACGUGAAAAAGGUCAAUUUCACCGGAUCCACCCGCGUGGGCUCCGAAGUAGCUGCGGUGGCAGGAAAACAUCUCAAGCCGGUGCUGCUGGAGCUCGGCGGGAAAAACUGCUCCAUCAUCCUGGACGACGUCGCAGACCUCGAAGAAGCUCUGCGGACCAGUCUGUGGGCCAGCUGGGCCCACAAGGGACAGAUCUGUAUGUGCACGGACCUGAUUUUCGUCUCGGAAAAAAAAUAUCCACGGGCUGCCCAGAUGCUCCAGAAAAUCGCAACCGAAACCAUCGCCGCCGACAAAACUCUAGCGAUACCGCAAAGAACAGCUGCACACGCAGAGUCGGCAAAAAAACUCGUCAGCGAAGCGCUGCAGGACGGUGCAAAGUUGCUAGCAGGCAGCUUGGACCUCUCUGCUACCAGUAAUUUCUCCCCCGUCGUUCUCGCAGAUGUGACGCCGCAAAUGAAGGUCUACUCCACAGAGACGUUUGCCCCUGUUGUGUGCUUGGUGAAAUAUAAAGACGUGGCGUCGGUUGCUGACCAGGUAAACGCGCUGAACUACGGACUAAAGUGCUCUAUCUGGACCAGCCAGGGUCUCGCAGCACACAAGCUGGCCGGCCAGAUAGACUGCGGCUCUGUCCAUGUGAACGCGCCGACCGUUCUCGACGAGCCGCACCUCCCCCACGGCGGCACCAACAAGUCCGGCUACGGCAGGUUCAACUCGCACUGGGGCGUUUCCGAGUUCCAGUACCCGAAACUGCUCACCGUGAAGGUGUGA